AUGUGUUUCAAGGCACAUUCGACGGAAAAGGGCGAAAUUGCAGUCAAGAAUAACGCCGCAGAUGCCAUCCCCGAGGUUAAUCUCGUCUGCAGGGAGGCGAAAACCGAUUUCCUUCUAAAAUGGAGCGCCGAAAAUAUGCCAGAUACAAUCGUGAAAAUAAGGAAGUCUGUGCAGUUGAAAAAGGAAGACAAGCAAUAG